ACUCAUCGCUGACCCAUCGGGUUUUAAAAAACAUUUGGUCUCCCGUAGCUGCCUUGCUUCGCAAGAAGGGCUCCAACAUAGCAGUAGCAGGCUUCUGUUGCUGUUGUUGAUCUCCGACCAAUCGCCGACUAGGUUUGCCUCUUAAGUCUUCUCCUUUUCAUCUCCAAAUCGCGAUUUCGGAUGCACGCAUGAGAUAAAAGAAAUUUUUAAUCGAACUGAGGAUGUUUCUUACAAGGACUGAGUAUGAUAGAGGAGUCAAUACCUUCUCUCCAGAAGGGCGACUGUUUCAGGUUGAAUAUGCCAUUGAAGCCAUCAAGCUGGGCUCAACUGCAAUUGGGUUGAAGACGAAGGAAGGUGUUGUGCUUGCUGUUGAGAAACGCAUUACUUCACCACUGCUGGAACCUAGCAGUGUUGAGAAAAUUAUGGAAAUUGAUGAGCAUAUAGGCUGUGCAAUGAGCGGACUGAUUGCUGAUGCUCGUACACUUGUGGAACAUGCACGAGUUGAAACUCAGAAUCAUAGGUUCUCGUAUGGCGAGCCAAUGACUGUUGAGUCCACUACACAAGCUCUUUGUGAUCUGGCUCUACGAUUUGGCGAGGGGGAUGAAGAAUCCAUGUCUCGACCUUUUGGUGUUUCUCUUCUCAUAGCUGGUCAUGAUGAGAAUGGUCCCAGCCUAUACUAUACAGACCCAUCUGGCACAUUUUGGCAGUGCAAUGCAAAAGCUAUUGGUUCAGGAUCUGAAGGUGCUGACAGCUCUUUGCAAGAGCAAUAUAAUCAGGACAUAUCCCUUCAGGAGGCAGAAACAAUUGCUCUUUCCAUCCUGAAGCAAGUUAUGGAAGAGAAGGUGACGCCCAAUAAUGUUGAUAUUGCCAAGGUAGCUCCAACAUACCACCUGUACUCGCCAUCUGAGGUGGAGGCUGUCAUAAGUCGCCUAUGAAGAUAAAAGCUUCUCUUGAAAAAUCUCUCUUUAUAAGCAUGGAAGCCUACACAUUUGAUACUUGCGAAGAAAAUUUUAUCCGCAUCGGUCUAUGGAUUUUAUCAAGGAAAACUUCUAUUGAUUUGUGAUGCAACAGUUUAAUUUUGUGGAUGUGCAAUUUUAUUUUGAAAAAUUUUAGCGGCGGGUGUAGACUUUUGGACGCAUGAACAAGUUCAAAAACAAAUCGUAAAUUCAAUCAAGCUGUUGACCUACAAUGCUAGGUUCCCAGGAGCGAUGAUUGUAGUUGAAA